AGCACCCUCAUUAAUACAAAAAGUCUACAGCUUCUCCUGUUCGUCUAUAACUUCAAAUGAAUUAUGAAAAAUAUGAAAGUAUCAAAUCCACAAUCGUUGCAAUUUCACCAACUCGAGCCAUGCAUGAAGCAAAGUAGUAGAAUCACGACGUAUUCCCGAACACCAAACAAAAUCGAAACUUCCUCUAAGAGCUAAGAUACCGAUAGUAUCCCUCGUUUUAAACAAACACCACUCCACGCGUGAUUUGUUCACUUUAAGACGAACUCAAAUCAAAAGUAUGAAAUAAUCAUCUCUUGCAAUUGUUUUUGGUCACUUUAACAAAUCAACGCGGCAAUUACAAAAUGUAAACAAAUACCCCUUGUCGUUAAUGGCAUUAACGACAAGGGAGGCAAACGCUUUAUGGAAUUACUAGUAAACAUUUUUGCCUUCGCUAACCACUACCGCGACACGUCGCGGGUACAAGUCGCUGGGACAGAAUUUUGUCGCUGCGAUUAGCCGCACGAAUUCAAACUGGUUUGAAUUCGUACGACUAAUCGCAGCGACAACAUGACUGAAAGCAGCGUUGUCGCAGCGUGUGUACACUUCUGCGACGCGUCGCUGCGGCAAAAUAUAAAUCAACCAAUGAAAGAGCGUCAUUUUCUCCCCAUAAUCCCUCAGUAACCUGUUCAAAAGGCGACUAAACAUAUGGAUGGGCAAACAUCUGAGCGAUCCGAGGAUUCUUCGCUUUCAACAUGGAAUGUUACCGCAACUUAAGUGGUAAUCCAGUUCUAUAAAGACAAUAGACUCCUAUGGGAUAAAUCCUCGAUAGCAGGUUCUUUACAAGAGGGUUAUAAGCCCCUCUUUCUUCUCUUCUUGCUGCUUCGUGACAUUCACUGUCGUGUCCAGUAUCUUCUUUCAACGUGUUUAUAUUUUUCGUUAUCUAACAGCAUCGUUAACAGAACUAAAAGCUUCCUUUUCUUUGACCUUCGCUGUAGGUCCGCCAUGUUGAAUUAGAAAACUAGUUCACAAUCCUCCCAAUCCGAAGUCACUGCGGUGCUUGUCAGGAACAAGCCUCUUUUCGCAGCGACUUGUUUUGAACUGAGCAGUGCACACGGAGCGACCUAUCGCAGUGACCUGUCCCAGCGGCUUGUCGCCUAGUGUGUCUCGGCCUUUAUCGAUGUGUACGAUCAUUCGACUUUCAUUCCGUUGAUUAACAUAUCCUUUUCAGUGAGGUUUCUAGAAUCCACGGCUGAAAUCACACACACAAUGACACACACUGUUAUUCCUACGUUUUGAAGUGUGUCUUGACGUCUACACUUGUUUUGUCUUUGAAAAUGAUAAUAACAAAGAUUUCCGUUUCUCUGCAGUUUUCCUUUGUUUGUGCUUUAUUCUGCGUAGCAAGUCGGACAGACAUAAAGUACCUCAUUCCUGCAGCUAAGCUCAAGGAGGUGAUUAUUUUAUUAUUCGCUUUUCAGUGUUCUAUCUUUUCUUACAGGGUUUUUUGUCCCGGCUUUUUUUUCAGGGUAGCCAGCUCUUUAUGCUAAGGGCUCUGGAACCAAGUUGGGUGCGAGCACGAGCAUUGGAUUCAAACGUUGAGUGAAAUCGGAAUUGAAUUCUUCAGUAUUACUGUCAGACAUGAAGGAACUCGUUCUACUUCUGGUAUUUGGACUCGUCUCGAAGCUCGUAAAAGGUCAGGCUAACACUAUCGGUAGCGUUUACUGCCACAACAAUCACACGGUCGAUAUAACUAUCAUCAACGUGGAAGAUCUAAGCAGAUGGAACGAAUCUCAGUGGAGGUUACAAGAUAAACCGGAAUGCGAACCGACAUUUUCACGUGCCAAUGAAACAGUAACCUAUACUGAUCUCGUUCUACCUGACUGUGCGCUGGCUGCGGAACAGCUUUCCGAAAGCAUUAAAUACAUUCUCAAAAUCAACCCUAUAACGCCCAACCCAGGAGGUACAGGCCAGUUACGUGUGUACGACCAGCUGUAUUUUGUGUCAUGUGACUAUGACAAUCAAAACAGAUCAACAACAAGCUUUGUACCGAUCACAAACCGAGGCAACAAUGACUCAAGCACUGGAUUUUUUACCUUUUCUCUUCAGGCUUUCUAUUUCCCCAAUCAUACCGGUGACGUCCCCAGCCCGGUCGAGCUGGGUAAAACUUUAUAUUUCAAGGCUAACGUUGUGACACAAAGUUCCACAUCCAACCUUGAUCUUUUUCCCGAACACUGUUGGUCAUCAAGGAGCAGCAACCCGAUGAUAGAUGAUGGUAACUUAGAUCUAAUAAUAAAAGGUUGCGGUAACGACACAGUGAGUGAAGACCUUGGCGAUACAUUAUCGUACAGAUGCACCGACGACGAUAUCAAAGAAACCUUCUCCAUCCAAACAUUUAGGUACUUUGGUGCGAACGAAGGAGAUGCAGUAUUCUUCCACUGUGAAUUCAGGGUUUGCCUCCGGUCGGCUGCUACAACAGCUUGUGAUUGCCCUUCUCCAGCCGAGUGUGCCACUAAUGCGAGGAAGAGGCGUUCAGUCAAUGACGUCAUAGUGGAUGAAUCACAGCUGUAUUAUGUGACAUCAGGUCCUUUCGUUUUUCAGAACGACCACGAGGAGGAGGAAGUGAAUGAAGAAGAAGGUGAAUCUGACGAACAGGAGGAAUCUCAGUCUUUCUCGACCAGUUUAGUCACCAUCGUGGCGGUCAGCGGUGUUAUCGCCAUAGCCAUCUGCACAGCCGUCUGCCUUUUAGUGCGUAAGCGCACCAAGAAGCAGCAGGAUGGUGAUCUGAAUAUAGCCACUUGAGCGCUAGAUUGUAGAGUGUGCAGAGUGUAAAAGAGUGUUAACCUGCUAAGUAGAAAGCACGUAUAUGUUCAUUUCUUAAAAUAGUAUACAAGUCUUUAGGUCCGCAGUCUGCAUUUGCCACACACCCCAGAACGUGAAAUAUUUGAAGCACAAUAUGUUUAAGGGUAGUUUUUAGAGGGAAAUAGUUUUGAAGCCCGACAAACAUCAAAGGAGCAAACAAGUCCACGACCGCGCACAAUCUUCGUCCGUUUUUCGCUCAUGCAUGCAUUGUGCCCAUGAAUUACGUAAUCAACACGUUUCUAUAGGUUAGUUCCUCAGUACGGAGUAAGCAACCAUUGUGUUUUGUGCAAGGUCAAGGCAAAAAAAGCAAACAAAAACCUAAAACAAAGAAAUUUGUCGGGUUUCAUAACCAUUUCCCUCUAUGAACUAUGAUCUAAGCGAUCGCGUUAGUGUAGAACAUUUACAUCCAAUUUCAGUUCCUGUCGUCAAGGCGUUUUGAGGUCAAAUAAAGGUUUGUUUAUUAACAAAAAA